CCCGAACUCCGAUUCCUUGCCGAUCUAGAGUAGCACCGGGAUCCUGCUGCAAAACGGAUCUCUUGCAUCAGCAUCGAGCCUUCCAACAGCUUCUGAAUCCAACCGACUGCUACUAAAGAGCCAUGCGUCGUGGGAAAAGGAGAUAUUUGAGUCGUCAAUCCCUGAAAAGCCCUCGUCUUUCCACCCCAUACCUCAUCGGCUUCAUGUAGCUUAGAAGGAUUCACCUACCUGCUCAAUUUUGUUGAGUACAAAUCCUGCUAGGACUGUGGUGAGUGAGUUGAGCUGAGUCGAGUCGAGUUGAGUCCGAUUUCCUAACUGUACUGUAUAGCUUAUAUAAACCUGCAUGCAGUUGCUGCAUUUCGAGGUGGAGAAAUGGCGGCAGGGGACGGAUGUGUCGGUUGCAGCUGCAAUCAGAGUUGAGUUGUGAGUCUCUUGCAGGGCCUAGAGAAGGGUACGGUUGGUCUGUUCCGCGAUUCGGAGUGCAAUUAGCCUCCGGGGAAGGCAUAACGCCUGUCGUCACAGAAACAGCUUGCGUUGCUCCUCGUCGUCGUCGUCUUCGUCUUUUCUUGGGGCUUGCUCUGUUUGAGUUACAUUUUGUUUAUGUAAAACAAAAUUGCGCACGUCUUGUUUACCUUUUGAGGUUUAGCUGUAUUCAUUGGUAGCAUUCGUUAAGCGUACAGACUGAUGAGUUCCUACUUCGAAAACAUUAUUAAUUUGUCGACACUCUCCUAGAGCUUUGUUUCGCACUGGGACUUGGAGAGCAACCGAGGUUGCCGAGCGAUUGGCUUGGUUUCUCCACAAAAUAAAGUAGGAGUGAUUUACUGGCACUGCGAGUUGAGUUUUUUAGAAAUAGGAUUAGAGCGGUCUGUUCUUUGAAGAAACUCGUUGAGCUCGCCGUCUCUUGUAACUCUUCUGUUAGACUGGUUUCAUAACUCAUUGCGAAGUUGAGGUGCUGCUUUGGAAUUUUCCUUAGUAAACUGAAGUUGCAUGCGGGUACAGCACGCGGCAAAAUAAGCACACUUGCUUGUAUUCGGUGGCUAUCAGCAACAGGAGGGUAUCAUCCAUCUCCUUCCUUCACUUGUGAAUCGACUGCGACAGCAUUUCUAGGAGAUUAUUGGUUUCGAAAUCUUCAAGAAGGGGCGGAAAACCGAGCAAUGUCACGGGCUCUUGUGACUCAAUCAAGCUCUUUGUGUCGAGGCCAAAUGGGCACCGUCACUGGAGCUAAAUUUGUGAGUUCUGAAGCGACGAGCAGUUAUAGCGUUUUGUUCCACACUGCAACUGAACCACGGAGUUUGUCCCGACAUCAUGGACAGUGGGAUUGCGGAUCAGGACCUCUCUUGAUUAGAAAGUCAAAGAAGAUAGGUAGGAAAUUGAUCUGUAGGGCCGCUGGAAAUGGAUCAAGCUCUGACAGGAAGAUUAAGUCCAAGACGAAAACUCCCGCGCAUGGCAACGAGAACACGACCUCUCGCAGGCUGCAGGUGGUGGGAAAUGCCACGCCCACGGCUGUGAUGUCCGCAGCGGGAACGUUGAUUCCGCUCUCAAUUAUCGACAGUGACCACGAGGAUUUCGACGAUGACAAGUAUGUGGACGCAAACAUCUUCAACCAAUUACUGAUGGAGAAAAAGAAGAUCACCAGGAAGAAGAAAGCAACGUCUCGUCCUGCGGAGACGGAGGGGGAGAUUUCUAUCACCGCGAAAAGCUUGCACAGCGUGGAGAAGUACAGUGAUACGCCUACAACUCUGUCGUCAAGCUCAGCUGCGAACUAUGACAGCACGCUCAUGGACCUUAUUGACCAGCUGGAAGGAAUCAGGUUACAUGCUUUGGCUUUUGAACGGUGGUACUCUCCUCAACUGAAGAAGGUUCACAGAAAACAUUACGACAGUGCGCGAAACUUGCUACACUACGUGGCGUUCCGAUCGCUCGACAUAGCCAACCUUCAAGAACGGCUUGCGUCUUCUGGGUUGUCAUCUCUGGAGGGCUGCGAAGCGCACACAUUGGCAAGCGUUAAUUCGAUCAGCUCAAUACUGCGUUCGCUUCUGCAAGGGUCGCAGAUCCAGUCUUCAUGCUUGGAUGGCGAGACAGAGAGUAAGCCUCUCCCGCCUCCAUCAAUCUCCGAGCGGCAAAACAGUGAUCGCAGUAAGAAAGCUGAGAAUUCUAGAGUGGAUGAUAUCUCUUUUGAAGCUGGAAACUCUAUUUUAUCUCAGCACUCCGAGGCUCUUCUUGGGCCUUCUCCUCCGGGACGGAAGACUCUGAUCAUGGUUACGCUUCCUUCCGAAGCUGCCGAGGACGACGUUCUCGUCCGCAACCUCUUCAAAGCGGGGAUGAACAUCGCCAGGAUUAAUUGCGCACACGAUAAUCCUGAAGUUUGGAAGAAGAUGGUGCGGAAGAUCCGUUUCUUCUCGCAACUACUUGGGACAGAGUGCCGCAUAAGCUUCGAUCUUGCUGGACCAAAACUCCGCACAGGGCCAAUGCAACCCGGUCCUUCUGUGCUCAAAAUCAAACCUGUGAAAAACGACCUCGGUCAGGUCGUCUCUUCAGCUUGCGUCUGGAUUGCGGAAGAGGGGGUCAAGCCUCCCGAGGGAAGGAUACCCGACACUUGUGUGCCGGUCGUUGCCACUCCUCACUGGACGAAGAAAAUCCAAAUCGGAGAUGUGGUCAGGUUCAAGGAUGCAAGAGGACGCUCCCGCGAGUUUAAUGUAGUACAAAAAGGAAGCGGGGCAUCAAAGGUUGGCAUCUUCGCCGAGUGCCGAUCCGUUUCAUACAUCGAAACAGGAUGCGAGUUGGUAAUUUCUGGCCAUGGGGGCAAGAAACUGAAAGUGAAUGUAGGGCAGCUGCCAGAAAUAGAGCAAGCCAUAGUCCUUCGAACCGCCGACAAGCUUGUAUUGAAGAGAGAAUCCAUCUUAGGGAGCCCCGCCAAACUAGACAAAGCUGGAAACGUGGUUUCACCCGCAUCGGUGACUUGUACAUUGGGAAAGAUCUUCGACAUUGCAAAACCCGGGGAGCCUGUAAAAUUUGACGACGGCAAAAUCGGGGGUGUGAUAUCGAGCGUGUCGCCUGAUGAGAUUUAUGUUACGAUUACGGACGCUGGCGAUCAUAAGGGGAAGAAACUGAAGGGAGAGAAGGCCAUCAAUUUCCCUCAGAGUGAUUUGUCGAUGAAUGGGUUAACUAUUAAAGACGCCGAGGAUAUAGACUUCGUCGUGUCGAACGCCGACAUGCUGGCGUUGUCGUUCGUGAAUGGUCCGGCAGAUGUGCGCGCUCUUCAAGAUGAGCUUGCGAGACGCGGAGCCGAAAACAUCGGCAUUGUAGUGAAAAUCGAGACUGAAUUAGGCUUUCAGAGACUACCUACUAUUCUUCUGCAGGCGAUGGAGACAAAGAACCUGGUGGGGGUUAUGGUAGCCCGGGGCGACAUGGCGGUGGAAUGCGGGUGGCAACGCCUUGCUGAACUACAAGAUCAGAUUCUUUUGAUAUGCGAGUCCGCUCAUGUGCCUACGAUCUGGGCCACUCAGGUACUCGAGGGCUUGGCGAAAUCAGGAUUGCCAUCUCGGGCUGAAAUCACAGAUGCUGCAUCCGGAUCCAGAUCGUGGCGGGAGAUUGACUCGCAAGUUGGACAUCGAUGGUGCAGGGCCGAGUGCGUGAUGCUGAACAAGGGUCCUUACAUUCUGCAAGCUGUGGCCAGUUUGGAUGAUAUUUUGUGCAGGGAAGCGUGUCACCGAAGAAAGCAUCAGGCAGUGUUGCAUCCGCUACAAAAUUUUGAGAAACUUGGAAUGUAGAAAUCGGAUUUCUGUUGUAACUUGAGAGGAUGUCAGUUGAGAGCGGUCAAUGGGGGACUCAAUUGUGCGUCUCCGAGUGCCUCGUACUAUGUGUAUUUUUAUUUUCUGUACAUUUUUCUCAUUUCUAAGAAACGCACGUUCGGUAACCAUUCUGAGUGGAGCUAACGGACUAUAUUCUAGAUAUAGAAUCCUCCAAACUUUGGGAAAGUGACCUCAGAUUUGUAAGUGAGCUGAGCUGUGUAGAUUUCAGGCAUUGAAGCGAGACAUGAAUUUUUCUGAUAAUGUAGCCCUUAAAAUUUGUAUACAACUUCCAAGUUGUGGAAGCUUUUUUACUCUUUGCGACACA